AUGUGUUUGGGAAGGGGUGCUAGCUGUAUUGGUUACAAGCUGCUCGUCCUUGCCUUGCUCUGCAUCGUGGCCAACAUUUUACUUUAUUUUCCCAAUGGCGAGACAAGAUUCGCUUCCGAGCAUCACCUCGGCAGAUACGUGGAGUGCCUUCAUGGCAUUCUGGGCGGAGGCUUUUUGGUGCUCAUUCCAGCCGCAGUGUUCAUCGCGCUUCACAACGACGGCUGCUGCGGGUGCUUCGGCCACGAGGACUGCGGGAAGAGCUGUGCGGUGCUGGCCUCAGUCCUGGCAGCCUUCGUGGGGAUCCUUGGGUCCGGGUACUGCAUAAUCAUCUCGGCACUGGGCUUGUCUCACGGACCAUAUUGUUUUACUCACCUAGAAAGAAGCUGGCUCUAUCCUUUCACUGAAUCCUCUGGAGGGUACUUGUUCGAGUAUAACAAGUGGUCGGCGUGCCAGGAGCCUCAGAACAUCGUGCAGUGGAACGUCACCCUCUUUUCCAUCCUCCUCGUGCUGGGAGCAAUGGAGUUCAUCCUGUGCCUCGUGCAGGCUGUCCGGGGCGUGCUCGGAGGGCUCUGUGGGCUGUGCUGCACCCACGAAGAG